GCGACGCGAAUAUCUAUCUUACCUACUUCGCGUAGGACGUAUAUUUGCCCUGCAAUCGCGAAAGUUCAGAAAAAAAAACGAGGAAAUAAAAAAAACCUCGUUCUAUAAAAUUAAUAAAAAUCUUUCUUUAUUAUAGAUCGUAUGAUAUAAAAGCUUGUAUUGGAAUCUAUAAUAAUGUUCGUCCACUAGUGAUAUAUUACAGUGAAUUUAUACUGCACACAUAAAUAGAAAUAUUAACAAUAUAUUUUUUUCAGUGAUAUAAUGAUUUUAUAUCAAGCAACAUAUAUACAUAGAAAUAAAUAAUACUUGAAGAUCAAGUGAGUUAGAAAAAAAGAAGAAAACGUGAGAAAUUAUUUACAAAGUGCUAUAGUUUUCUAUUAAAUAUUAAUUCCAUUUGUAAAAAUGUCAGAUGACGAAGAUUACAUGUCUGAUAAAUUUUUACAAGGUUCUGAAAAGAAUGUUUCAUCGAGUCUUAUACAUAGACACUCUGAUAGAAGAGAAUUUGCACUAAUGAAAAAGAAAAGUGAAAUUGAAUCGAGGAUGAAGGAGCAAAAUAAAUCGAUACGAGUAGUUGAAGCAGAAAAAAGGGAGGAAGGCUUAUCGUCUGCUAUUACUAGUACAAAUAAGGGUUUCGGAAUGCUUAUGAAAAUGGGAUAUAAGCCUGGUCAAGGCAUAGGCAAGACUCGAUCAGGAAUAGUUGAACCAAUUUCUGUAGAAGUUAAAACGAAUAGACAUGGUCUAGGCAAGACAUUAAAAAAAACAGAAUUGUAUAAUCGCAAGAGUAUGAACGCAAAAUUAGAUAAUAUGGAUACAAGAGAUUUUCGUAGCAGAAUAGCGCAAGAAAAAACCGAACAACUACAAAAAUUCGAUUUAUGCAAAAGUCAAAAAGUAUGUCAAGAUUUAGAUACUAAAACAAAUGUUACAAAACCUCAAGAAUCAUGGUUUUGGCCAGAAGCAAGUAAAGAAGAAAAAGAAGCUAACGAUGAUGACUUUGAUGACUCUGAUGAUAGCGAUGAAGAAUCAAUCAGUAAUUUAGAAAAACUUGACAUUCUUACUAAAUAUUUAAGAAAGACAUACUUUUACUGCAUUUGGUGUGGAGUGAAGUUUAAUGACGAAGACGAUUUAAGAGACAAUUGUCCGGGAAGUACAAGAAGUGAUCAUUGAA